AUGGGGAGCAGGCACUGCAAGGUGGCACCUGCUCCUGAGGAGAAGGAGGCAAAAGCAGAGUUGCCGGGCCCGGCGGGGCACGGACAUGGGCCGCAGCCCGGCGGCGAGCCCGAGCCGCCGCAGCCCGACCGCGAGCCCGAGCCGCCGCAGCCUGGCGGCGAGCCCGAGCCGGUGGAGCCCGGCCACGAGCCGCGGCCCGCCGACGAGCCCGAGCCGCUGGAGCCCGGCCACGAGCCACAGCCCGCCGACGAGCCCGAGCCGGUGGAGCCCGGCCACGAGGCGGGGCCCGGCGGUGGGCCGGGCACGUCGCGGCACGGCGAUGGGCCGGGCCUCCAGGGCGGCAGCGCAGGCUGGGCGGGCCCUGGCUGCUGGCGCCGCUGGUGGGCGAAGCUAAGGCGGCGCAGGCGCGGGGCGGCCGUGGCGGGCGGCAGCGGGCAGAGCUGGCUGGCGGCGGGCAAGGAGAAGCUGAAGGAGUAUCAGCAGAAGAAGAGCCCUGGAGCAGCUGCAGGAGCUAAGAAAAAACGCAAAAGUAAAGACGACGGUCGGCCCGAGACUCCCACGGGCGAUGACCAGCAGCCUCCAGAGAAUCUCUCGGAGUCCGUUCACCAGCUCCAGGCAGAAAGAGAGCAGUAUGUAGAGAAAGUGAAGGUGUGGAGCAUUUGGCAGCAGCAGGUGCAGCAGCUCUCUGAACAGGUCCGUGCAAUGGCAGACGAGCAGGAGGAGCAUGUGGCCUGCGGAGAUGAUGACGUGGACUCCUGAGUUCGACCAGAAGACCUUUUAUUAGUCCAGAACCCACGCUUAUAAUAUCCUCGUUUGCUGUUCACGCGCCCCAUACUAAAAUAUCCUUGGUUAAUCAAUACUGUUCACGCACUUCUUGGCCACGUAUAAUUGGUCAAUUACUAAGCUGCAAAUGCACUGAACUUCUUGCGGUUUUUUUCUCUCUUCUUUCUUAUCUCUGCGGGUUUCAUGUUCUCAGCCAGCCAGCCGCCGAGAUGUGGCAUCGCGCAUCCGCUCUGGCCUUGCUUCAUACCCCGUCUUCCUUCCAGGCGUUCAGCCAACCUUAUCGUACUUUCUCUCUUCUUUAGCCUUCAAGGCCCUUCACAGGCAUCGUGGCCUCCAGCACUGGCCAUAAAGCUCUCUACACUUCCCCCGUCUUUAUUUUGAACAGAAACAACAUUAGAGGUUAAACUACUUUUGAAUCAUAGGUCUUACACAGUUCGGCAUACAGGGAAAAAUGGUCAAUAUAACUACAAUUACCAAUAGCAAUAUUCCUCCGCGUGUUGUGAAGUCCUGCAACCGUCUGGUGGUUCCCCAAGACUUGAAAAGAUUCCGCAACCAAUCUCCCAAUAGUUCCUGCUGUAAGCCCUGUGACAUGUCGUUCAGUUUUUGUAACUGACUGUGAAUCGACGCGGAACAGCCCGGAAGGUUCGUACAACACAUUCCUUAGCGCUGUGCACUGUAGGCUACUGCAGAGGAACGAAGCUGGGUUAAUCAGCACUGACAAUGUACAGCUGUGGGCUGGCUUCAGGGGCGGUGGGUUGGCUGGUGUAGACAAGGUGCAGCUGUGGCUGGUUCUGUGAAGCGGUUGGGCAGCCGAGGAAGAAGCAGAGAGGGUGAGCGUGCCCUGGAUGAGGCGAGACUAGAAGGCAGCAGAGGGACUGCCAUGGAGAGUGUGAUGGUAAAAGACCUGGCUGCAGCUGGCUCCUUUGGAGAGUGCUGCGACAGGCCACUCUCUGCUGUUCACUUGCCUUCUACAGGUGAGAUCACAUCCCUCCUUUCUUUCUGUCUCAUGCUGGUGUCUUCUCGUGCUCCCUCAAAGUUAUGUGACUCUUUGCUGCAGGUUCUCAGCUGCACAUUAUCGAUGUCGAAACAACCCACUGUCUCUGUUCUCUACAAUUCACCCCUGUUUGUGGUUUUUGGUUUUGUUUCUUUGCUGGGUUUUUGUUUUUUUUUUUUUGGUAAAAGGUUGCUUUACCAUGUUAUGGAGUUGUCAUCCUUUUUCUUUUGUUUUCUGUCUCAUGACUUAAUUACCAGUUUUAGCCUUCUUUUAUGUGUACGUUCGUACAUUUCAGUCGGGUUCACAAAAUGUUAAACUUGUUAUCGGUGCAUUUCCUACAGAGGUCAACAUACAGGUUUAUGAUUAUUUAGAAGAACGUGCAAUAAGCUAUGGAAGUGUUAUGAAAAUAUUUUUCAGAAACUUCUAAUCAAAUAAACGAGCAUGAGAAAUUGUG